CUGGCCACGGAAUUUCCAUCAGAAGACAUUUUAUUAGUGACAGCUUCUCCAGUGAUAAAAGCUGUGACUAAUUUCAAACAGGUCUCCAAAACACUUGAGGAAUUUGAUGUAGAAGAGCAACCAAGUUCCCUAUUAGAAAAACGAUAUCCCAAUAUUAAAGUUAUACAGUCUGGAGUAAAACAGUUGAAAAGUGAUGAGCAUAAAAUUGUCACUGAAGAUGGGAAAGAAUACAUGUAUGAGAAACUUUGUCUGUGUGCUGGAGCAAAGCCAAAGUUAAUUUUUGAAGGGAACCCAUAUGUGUUAGGAAUUCGGGAUACUGACAGUGCUCAGGCUUUUCAGAAGAAUUUGGCUCAAGCUGAGAGGAUAGCAGUGGUAGGAAAUGGUGGCAUUGCCCUUGAAUUAGUGUAUGAAAUUCAAGGCUGUGAAGUAAUCUGGGCCAUCAAAGACAAAGCCAUUGGGAACACUUUUUUUGAUGCAGGAGCAGCUGAAUUUCUCAUUCCAAAGCUAAGUGCUGAAAACAGAGAGACUCCAAUCGAGUGUAAAAGAACCAAAUACACAGUGCAAGGAACUGAGGAAAAAGAGAGACCUACAGCAGCAUCUGACAAACCAGGCAGUGCCUUAGGCCCUGACUGGCAUGAAGGCUUACACCUUAAAGGGACUAAAGAGUUUUCUCAUAAAGUGCACAUUGAAAUGCUAUGUGAAGUCAAGAACAUACACUCACAGCAAGAAUUUGUACAACUGCACCAAACUGCUUUGGCUUUCCCUAAAGGAGAGGGAAAUGCAGAACCAGAUGAAGUUCUGUGGCCUGUCUAUGUGGAAUUAACUAAUGGAAAAAUUUAUGGAUGCAAUUUCAUCGUCAGUGCAACUGGAGUUGUGCCAAAUAUUGAACCAUUUCUGGCUGGCAAUAAUUUUGCUGUGGGUGAAGAUGGAGGACUGAAGGUAGACAAGCACAUGCACACAUCACUGCCAGAUGUGUAUGCAGCUGGAGACAUCUGCACGGCAGCCUGGGAGCACAGUCCAGUGUGGCACCAGAUGAGGCUGUGGACUCAGGCUAGGCAGAUGGGAUGGUAUGCAGCAAAAUGCAUGGCAGCAGAUACUUUAGGGGAAUCUAUUGAUAUGGAUUUCAGCUUUGAACUAUUUGCCCAUGUCACAAAGUUCUUCAAUUACAAGGUGGUGGUUUUGGGAAAAUACAAUGCCCAAGGCUUGGGCUCAGACCAUGAACUGAUGCUGAGAUGCACCAAGGGACAGGAGUAUGUGAAAGUGGUGAUGCAGAACGGGCGAAUGGUGGGAGCUGUGCUCAUUGGGGAAACAGACCUGGAAGAAACCUUUGAGAACUUAAUUUUAAAUCAAAUGGACCUUUCAGCCUAUGGUGAAGAUCUCCUGAAUCCAGAUAUUGAUAUAGAAGAUUAUUUCGAUUGAACAAAACUCCACUUCC